ACACGCAUGCUAAGGCAGUCUUCCAGGCUGAAUGAUAUUACUGACGAGUAGCAAGAUACUGGUGAGAAAUGGAGUCCAGACAACUGAAAAGAGAUAUCGAAGCAUUACUAAACUCAGAGAAAAUGGAUUUGAUCCCAAAGGGAAAGGAGCCUCUUCAAUGUUGGAUGAUCUUGCCCAUUAUGACUUGGCAAUUAGCGUGGCACUUUGGUGGUUGAAUAAAGAGGAUGGCAAAGACCUCAUGGAAAAUUUUGUCAUAAGCCCUGGACACAUACAGUACCCUAACCGAGCGGAGCGAGAAGCUAUGAUCCUGUCCUCCUUUGCCGGGUUGAUCUUAAAUAGCUUGCCAGUGGAGGACAUUCUUUGUCUGUACAACUGCAAGCCGUCUGCCUCUUACGCUCAUAAUCAGACUAAGAGUGCUAUCAUCCACCCCUUUGCCUUGUCUUACCAUCCAUUUGCCAUGCUUGGCUCCUAUAAGGCAGUGGAUCGCUCACGCAAGCACAAUGAGAGGCUAAAACGCUGGAAGUCCAUACACUGUAAGGCUGCCACCACUGCAAGACAACCCGUGCUCCCUUCGCCAUCAAGGUCCUCCGCUUCAUCUUUCUCGGACAGUGGAGACUCCUUGACUGAGAAGACAGAGCAUUAUGAGGGAUCACAAGAAUCCCUGCAAGACUGAAAUCAGAGCAUGAAAUUCACAGCAAUACAGGAUACAAAAUCCUAAUGAGAUACUUGCAUGAGAAUUCUGCUGCAGGGCAUUUUCCAUGAUAGCAUCAGUCUUUGUUGUCUUUGUAUUGGUUCAUACUAGACAUGGAGAUGUGUGCACUUCAGUAUGCAGUUCAGACAACACUUUUGUUUCUUUACAUCUUGGAGUGAAAUAUACGAUCUUGCGAUUAUACUUUUUUCCCCUUCCUCUUCUGUUUCUUCCUUUUAGGUCCUUGUACAUCAGUGGCUCUGUUAGAUUCUCUUUCAUGGGGUGUCCAUUAAUUCA